AUGUCGACCUUCGACGGGAUAGUUCAAGAGUUCCCUUACAUACAAAUCGACUACUUUCGAAAGAAUCCGGAACGGCCGCCUCCACUCGCAUGUUUUCUUAGCCAUGUGCACAGUGAUCAUCUCCAAGGCCUCGAGUCCUUCCGGGCUCCGUUUAUCUACUGCUCUGCCGCAACUCGGGAGAUGCUUUUGCGCAUUGAAAAGUAUCCCCAUCGGAUGAACUUCAGCAAGGGGAUUUUGGAGUCCCGCAGACUGCACUACAAGCAUUUGACCAAGCUUCUGCGGCCAAUUCCCUUGGACACGCCAACUGAAAUUGAGUUGACACCAUUGCUGUCAAUCAGGGUCACCCUUCUCGACGCGAACCACUGUGCUGGUGCAGUAAUGUUCCUAAUCGAAGGUGACGGCAAGGCGGUGCUCUACACCGGUGAUAUUCGCGCUGAGCGUUGGUGGGUCAGCAGCCUUGUCCGGCAUCCGGUCCUCAUUCCGUAUACCCUGGGAAGCAAGAAGUUGGACAAGAUAUAUCUCGAUACCACGUUUGCUCGCGUAAACCAUGUGUGUCGGAGCUUUCCGUCGAAAGCCGAAGGGCUGAGAGAGCUUCUGCAGAAGGUCCAAGCGUACCCAGAGGAGACCAUCUUCUACUUUCGAGCAUGGACGUUUGGCUACGAAGAUGUCUGGAUAGCGCUUUCCGCUCUUCUGAACACCAAGGUCCAUGUUGAUCGAUACCAGAUCGGCCUGUAUAGGUCACUUGUUUCGAACUCGCGAAGAGCUAUCAGCGAGGCACCUGCUCUUUGCGGUUUCGAGCUUGGAAACCGGUUUGUGCCCGGUUGCCUGAGCGAAGACGAGAGCUCUCGCGUCCAUAGCUGCGAGCCUGGAGUACACUGCUCUGCAGUUCGCUCGAAGCGGACCGUCUACAUCAUGCCAAUUGUCGGACGAAUGAAGGACGGCACAAGAGUGCCUGAGCUGGGAGCAGGAGGUGGAGGUGGCGAUCUUUAUCAGACCCACGAGCUUGAACUUCCAGAUCAGUCGGCACUGGAACAGCUGGAGAGUCUGUGUCUGGAGCAGAUCCGCGACCCUGAAACGCUCUCACAGACGAGAGAGGCCUUGACCCAAGCCUUCAAGUCAAAGAACAAAGCGCUUUCCCUGGACAGUUAUGGCAUGAAGGAUGUUUCCGACAUACCUCUGCAGGAGCUCGUGCAAAUCCUUGGUCGUGGCCGAUCCGACAAAGAAUUGUGGUCGAACGAUGUGAAAGUAUCGGCACUACGAGACGCGUCAGGGAAUCGUCUUCCAAAAAUUAUA